AUGAGUGCCAAGAGUGUGGGAAAAGACUCCCUGGGAAGGGAGACCUCACCAAGUACACCCACACACUCCGGAGGAAGACCUCAUGAAUGCCAUGAGUGUGGCAAAAAGUUCACUCAGAAGAGUAACCUCAACACACACAUCCUUACACACACUGGUGAAAGUCCAUUUGCAUGCCAUGAGUGUGGCAAAGAGUUCAGAAAGAAGAGUAACCUCAAUGCACACCUCCUGACACACACUGAUGAAAGACCUCAUGAAUGCCAUAUUUGUGACAAAAAGUUCACUCAGAAGAGUAACCUCAACACACACAUCCUUAGACACACUGGUGAAAAACCUCAUGAAUGCCAUGAGUGUGGCAAAAAGUACACUCAGAAGCGUGACCUCAACAGACACAUACUUACACACAAUGGAGAAAGACCUCAUGAAUGCCAUGAGUGUGGCAAGAAGUUCAGUAAUAAGAGUGCCCUCGACACACACACCCUUACACACACUGAUGAAAGACCUCAUGAAUGCCAUGAGUGUGGCAAGAAGUUCAGUAAUAAGAGUACCCUUGACACACACACCCUUACACACACUGAUGAAAGACCUAAUGAAUGCCAUGAGUGUGGCAAAAAGUUCACUCAGAAAAGUACCCUCAACACACACAUCCUUAAACACACUGGUGAAGGACCUCAUGAAUGCCAUGAGUGUGGCAAAAAGUACAUUCAGAAGCGUGAACUUAACACACACCUACUUACAAACACACAUGAAUGCCAUGAGUGUGGCAAAGAGUUCAGUAAGGAGAGUGACCUCAACAGACAUACCCUUACACACACUGGUGAAAGACCUCAUGAAUGCCAUGAGUGCGGCAAAAAGUUCAGGAAGAAGGGUAACCUCAACACACAUAUCCUAACACACAAUAGUAAAAGACUUUAUGAAUGCAAUGUGUGUGGUCAAAAGUUCAUUCAGAAGAGUAACCUCAACACACACAUCCUUACACACACUGGUGAAAGUCCUCAUGAAUGCCAUGAGUGUGGCAAAAAGUUCAGAAAGAAGGGCAACCUCAAUGCACACCUCCUGACACACACUGAUGAAAGACCUCAUGAAUGCCAUGAGUGUGGCAAAAAGUUCACUCAGAAGAGUAACCUCAACACACACAUCCUUACACACACCGGUGAAAAACCUCAUGAAUGCAAAGAGUGUGGCAAAAAGUACACUCAGAAGCGUGACCUCAACACACACAUACUUACACACACUGGUGAAAGACCUCACGAAUGCCAUGAGUGUGGCAAGAAUUUCAGUAGUAAGAGUAACCUCGACACACACACCCUUACACACACUGAUGAAAGACUUCAUGAAUGCCAUGAGUGUGGCAAAAAGUUCAUUCAGAAGCGUCACCUCAACACACACAUCCUUACACACACUGGUGAAAGACCUCAUGAAUGCCAUGAGUGUGGCAAAAAGUUCACUCAGAAGAGUAACCUCAAAACACACCUCCUUACACACACUGGUGAAAGACCUCAUGAAUGCCUUGAGUGUGGCAAAACGUACAUUCAGAAGCGUGAACUCAACACUCACAUGCUUACACACACUGGUGAAAGACCUCAUGAAUGCCAUGAGUGUGGCAAGAAGUACAUUCAGAAGCGUGAACUCAACACACAUAUCCUUACACACACUGGUGAAAGACCUCAUGAAUGCCAUGAGUGUGGCAAAAAGUUCAGUAAGAAGCAUCACCUCAACACACACAUCCUUACACACACUGGUGAAAGACCUCAUGAAUGUCAUAUUUGUGGCAAAAAGUUCAUUCAGAAGUGUAACCUCAACACACACAUCCUUAUACACACUGGUGAAAGACCUCAUGAAUGCCAUGAGUGUGGCAAAAAGUACAUUCAGAAGCGUGAACUCAACAAACACAUCCUUACACACACUGGUGAAAGACCUCAUGAAUGCCAUGAGUGUGGCAAAAAGUUUAUUCAGAAGCGUCACCUCAACAAACACAUCCUUACACACACUGGUGAAAGACCUCAUGAAUGCCAUGAGUGUGGCAAAAAGUUUAUUCAGAAGCGUCACCUCAACAAACACUUCCUUACACACACUGGUGAAAGACCGGGAGGCCCUGCUUGCAACUGGGCCAACUUUGCAUCCGAGGUCUCUGAUUGGCCCAUGAGCCAGCACAUCUGUGAUUGGUCCGGCGCUUCAACUUCCGUCCCCCCCACCCCCACCACAACAUCACACAUAAACAAACCUUUUCAACCAUGGCAGGAAUGGAGCAGUGCAGUGCAGGCAAGCUUGGCAGGGUCUAGCCCUGCCCCAGCAUGGCAACAACAUUCACAAGUGACCUGUACUGCUGGGCAACAACAACAGCCACAAGUGACCUGUACUGCCGGGCAACAACAACAGCCUCAAGUGACCUAUACUGCUGGGCAACAACAGCCACAAGUGACCUAUACUGCAGGGCAACAACAACAGCCACAAGUGACCUAUACUGCUGGGCAACAACAACAGCCACAAGUGACCUAUGCUGCAGGGCAACAACAACAGCCACAAGUGACCUAUACUGCUGGGGCUUUAGAGGCCACACGUGAUCCCAUGGCCUAACCAGCCCCGGAAAAGCACCUUGGGCCCAUCACUUUAUACUUACUUAGUUUACUUAAUAAUGUCUAGAGGCCAAUGCCUCACAGUCAUUCUGCUAAUGUUGAAGAAAGAGUAGCCACCUCUUGUGAAGCUAAUAAUUACAUUAUGGAUUCUACUUUGGUUCCUGAAAGCAGUGCAGUAAAGAAUGACUUCUGGAAAACAGAAGAGGGGUGUUGAGGGGGGCAAAAUCCCUCCAUUAAGAGGGGUCAGGAGGGCAAGCCCCAUGUUUAGGGUUCCCCCUGUUAGGUAGGUUGAGUUAGGUUGGGUUAUUUUAAUUCUAUAUGGGAAAGAUGCAGCGUGGGGGGGAGGGGGGGGGCCAUUGCGCUAGCUGGUGAUAACGAGUGGUGGCGGGUGCUCCUUAGGCACUGAAGGCAAUUACUUAGUGGUUUCCAGAAAACAAAACUUAUCCAUAAUACAAAGCAUCAUAUAUUGCCCAGAAACAAACAGUCAGUGUCUUGAAAUUAGUAGGCCACCCUUUCCUCAACAAUCCCCAAAAAUGUUAAAAAAAAAUCCAAAAAUAAUUUUUUGGGUUAAUAUUCAUUUGCAGGUGUUAUUUUGGGUUCAAAAGGCUCACAGUGGUGAGAAUUAGAUAUCUGUAAUAGUAAAGAUUGCUCAUUCCUAUACACUUGUAAAAUAAAACUAUUUUGGGCGGUAACAUAAUUUCACACAUCUGUUAAGAUAAAAUCAGGGCUGGAAUUCACAAACAUACUCACUAACUACGAACUAACAUAACUUCGCACUAUUGAUUUAGCGACCGACGUUAGCGUCAGAUUCACAAAGCAAACUUUAGAUGGUAGUCAGAGGCGCGCUAAGUCAGUGAGGACGCUGAUUGGUUGAUGACGUCAUUGUCCUUGCAGCGAAUCACAAGCAUGUUCACAAAACCGUCACCCAAUCCUUUGGGAGGCCCCUCCAGCUGCUGGUUGAAAAGAACCUGUUCUCUUUUCCCAUUUUCUUUCUUUUAAGGCAAACUGUACUAAAUCAUAAUCUAGGAACAAUUAUUUCAUUGUUUGCUGCACAUUUACGUCACGGUAACUCUGCUGUUCGAUGUCUUGUUAUCUAAGAACAUGCUUAAGGGGAAGAAAAAGAAGAUAAGGAGGAGAUUGAGGCAGGAAGAGAGUAAAUUAAAAAUGAUGUGGUACAUAUAUAUAUCAAGGCAGACAAGGACGGAAGGAAGGAACGAGGAAAAGUUAAAACUGUCUUGCCAUAUCUGCAGCCCAACUCAUGGGCUGUCACCUGACAAAGGUCCAUGGUCCCACGGAGAGACAAAUGUAGAUGAUCGAAUGGAUGAGGAGGUAGGAAGAUGAAGGAGGAGGAAGGUCUGGCAAUCCCCCGGCUGUGUGUUGUCAUACCGCCUACACUUAUCAUAUGCCUCUCAAAGUGUGUAUAUCUCAUCAUUUUAUAAAGAAAUGAGCUUCCUCUACUAGCAAAGUUAUAUUUCAAGUUGAAAAACGCGAUUUAUAAGCAUUUAUACGUAAAUAUAAUAAUAUUGUUAGCGUUUACUACACCCCCGAGGCAGUAGUUAUUUAACAACAAAUUUAGCAUCACACAGAGCACGGUAAGGCUUUGUGAAUCCGCGCGCUAACCCGUGAUGUCAUCGAUUAGUUGAUAGUUAUUACCGCGCGAGCUUUGUGUAUCGCAGUGUUCUCAAAACUACGCACUAAACCUUUGUGAAUCUAGCCUGAGACCUUAAUUUUACCUUUAAAUUAUGACACACUUAAUAUUAUCUUGAAUCUAA